UUUAUUUGUUAAAAAAAAUUUUUAUGGAGUUAUAAUGCUUGCUUGAUGAACACCAUACGAUAAAUGAUAAUAAUAAUAAUGACCCCAAGGUGUCCACUGUUCAGUGACUUCAGUAAAGUUGUUCAUAGGCACAGUAACAUAAUACUAAAGUGACCAAUUGCAGGUUGCAGCCUGCAGGACCGCAGGUUACAGGUGCAUGUGUGAAGUUUUUGUGAAAUUAACUUGAUCUUAAUGGUCAUUAACGGCAUGGUCGGUAUCCUUUGAUAUUGUACUGUAGAAACGCUGCUUAAAUUUCUAUCUGAAUAUUAUAUACAUUUCACGGAUUUUAUGAUGGAUGAUACAAAAUUUCCUGACCUAUCAGAAAUGCAGAACUCUAAUGAAGAAAUUUUUAAUUUUAAUACUUGUAAAGACAGCUUAACACCAUCACUAUUACAGCAACAGUUUGAUGGGGUCUACAUAAAUCAAAAUGAUAUCAAUGAGUAUUAUUUUUCAAUGGAAAAUGGGAGGAUUGUAGAUUUGAAUCUUCCGCAAACGCCGGAAGAAGACCGAGAAAAUCAUGAAACAUGUGCUGCUGGUUCUGUAAAAUCAUCACCAACUGGUAUUAUUCCGUGUCAGGAUGAAUUUGGCGGUAGUCUUAAUUUUGAAGUGUUGUUAGAUUCCAGUUUCCAAUCAUACCGUCAAAAAUGGAUUUAUUCAGUGAAACUACAGAAACUUUUCAUUGAUAUAAAUAAGGUACUUCUGUUAAAUUUUAAAUGUGAUUUUGAGAAGAUUGCCAAUAAUACACUAUUAUUUGUACGCGCUAUGCCUAUGUAUAGUUCAGCGGAUUAUUUAAAAGAACCUGUUGAUCGUUGUUUACAACAUUUAUCACCUAUAGAUCAGUUUAACAAAGGUAUUACUCAUUUAGAACAUGUUAUACGUUGUGAUAAUGAAAGUACUACCUAUCAUAUAGAUGAAGUUAGUAAGCGUAAAAGCGUGGUUACACUUUUAUCUAGACCAGAACAUGAGUCAGAUAGCACUAGAUUAUCCUAUAGAUUUGUAUGCAAGACUUCUUGUAUAAGCGGAAUGCAACGUCGUCCUAUAAUUGUAAUAUUCACAUUAGAAGAUUACACUGGCCAAGUGCUUGGCCGGCGUGUACUUCCAGUAAAAAUUUGUUCUUGUCCUAAAAGAGAUAUGGUACGCGAAGAAGAAGAUACUCAUUUAAAAAAAAAUACUGUUUUUCGUCGAACCAAGAGGUGCAUUUCACAAGAAAUUAAUCAUCAUAAGAAUCAUCACCAUCAUCAUAGUGAACAUGAAAUUCCACCAGCUAAGAUUAUUAAAUUAGAGUCUUCAACAUCGGCAGAAAAUAUAACUGAAAAUACAUACACAUUACCGAUAAAUUAUACAACCAAAAUAAAGGAGCAUUAUAAAAUAAUAUUAGAAAAUAUAUACUCUGUAAUUAGUGGUGCGUCAUCUCUUCAUAAUAUUACAGAUACACAACCAUUACUUAAAGACUUGAAAUCUAGGUUGGACAACCUAAAAUGAUUUUGGAUUUUUGAGUUUUCUAUUAUAUUAUGAACAUUUUUUUAAGCCUUAAUAAUGUAUUGUAAUGAUAAAUUAAUUAUUAAGUACCAUAUACAUUACAAUGUUUUUUUCUACAUUUUUGUGAAUUAUCUUAU